AAGACCGGAACAAAUACACCACUUCACGUUUGCUCGGCUGCAAGACUUGUUUACUACCGCGUCGCUAUUAAAGGGAUUAAUUUCUAAUAUGUUUGUUAAAAAACUAUGUGCAAGUCUUGCCGUAUUAAUCAGGGAUGACGGUGCAGGCAAUGGAGCGAAUUUUAACUUUUGUUUUUAAAUUAUUUAACACAUCUCUGUUUUAAUAGAGCACAGUUUUGUCGACUAUUUAUUACUAAAAUGAAGAGCUUGGCGACAGACUCGAUCAUCCGAAGAAGGGAGAACAGCAUCGGGAUAACCAGCCUAUUAUGGUCGCUUCUCGGUGCGUGUUUAUGGACAGUCGCAGUUGCUUAUAAGCCGGUGAUCAUCGUGCACGGCUUGUUCGACAGCUCGGGAGAUUUUGAAAACCUCCAGGGCUUCAUUCAUGAGGCUCAUCCCGGAACAAAUGUGACAGUGAUUGACUUGUUUGAUCGAGGUUCCAGCCUGCAGCCCAUGUGGAAGCAGGUCGAGGGUUUCAAAACGGCCAUUUACCCUAUCAUGCAAAACUCCGCUGAGGGAGUUCAUUUUAUCUGCUACUCUCAAGGUGGACUGAUUUGCAGAGGAAUCUUGUCCACUCUGCCAGAUCACAACGUGCACUCAUUCAUCUCGCUGUCCUCACCUCAGGCCGGACAAUACGGCGAUACCGAUUACUUGAAGUACCUGUUUCCUCAGUUUGUCAAGUCCAACUUGUACCAUCUCUGUUAUACUUCCAUAGGCCAGAGGGUAUCUAUCUGCAACUAUUGGAACGACCCCCACCACAGGGACAUGUACACCAACAGCAGUGAUUAUCUGGCUCUCCUCAACAGCGACAGACCUAAUCCGAAUUCAACAGAAUGGAAGAAAAACUUUUUGAGACUUGACAAGCUGGUGCUAGUCGGAGGACCCGACGAUGGAGUCAUCACUCCCUGGCAGUCGAGUCAGUUUGGAUUCUUUGAUGACAAUGAGACUGUUGUUGAGAUGCAACAUCAAGGCAUCUACUUAAAGGAUAUCUUUGGUCUGAAGACGCUGGCGACUCGUGGCGACCUGAUCUUGUGUUCGAUUCCUUACGUCCAACAUGUCUGGUGGCAUUCAAAUGAAACUGUAUUCCAUGUUUGCAUGGAAAAGUGGCUGGUUUAGAAUAGCAAAAAAAACAUUUUGCAGUCUAACAGCAACCAUGUUGUUAUUCUGAGAUGAUACUGUUUUUUUUUUCAUUGCGUGGAAGACGCUGAAGGCACAGAGAACUGACAUUAACUGUAAAUUGCAAAUGCUUCCAUUAAUGUAUUGGUUUCCCAGCAUUUAAGCUAUUCCCUAGGACCACAGUUUAUUUGUAGCAAAUCCAGAAAGUAUUGCUGAGUACAUUCUUUCAUCAGGAAGUCAUUAUUCUCCCGUGUGAUAGUUUUGGAUUAUAUAGUAGGUUAAAGUGACACUACAGUGCCUAAGUGAUGUUGUCAUCUUGUGCCAUUGCCUUACUCCUAUUUAAUGCAGUAUUUUUUACAUGUGUUGUCAUGGUUUCCCAUGUUUUCUGCUCAUUAACCACAGCUAGUAUAUUAUGAAUAGUUUUCGUAGAUGGCGCCUUAAAUUUUCCUCUCAUGCCUCAAGUGUUACAUGUCCCAUACCGCAAGUGCUGAGAUAACCUGCCUGUUGUGUUAGUGCUAAACCGGAAGGAUCGAGACUUUAAAUUGAUAGUCAGGGAGUUUUAUGGGAAUACAUCCUCGUCCUUCAUUGUUCACAUGCCACUUUUUACCUUUGCCCAUACAAGUGAGUCAGCCUUUAUUUGUGUGUCCAUCUUGCAAGGGAUUUGAUUCACAGAAAUGUUCUGCAGUUUUUAAGAAGGAUAAUAUUUUUUGUUAUUGCUGGAUCUGAAGGGACUUGUAUUAAACUUCUUUGGGGAAUUAACUGAAUUAAAAGAGGGAAAGGCUUCACAGAAAAGGGAAGAAGAGAUUUAUUUGAAGCUUUUAAUUGUCAUUUUGUUGGAAGAUUUUGCAUUCUAUGUAUUAUAUGCCUAUACAAACUCAUUUACCUAACUUUAGUAUGGUUUGAAGGGAUGUCAUUUCAUGUUCUUUGCCUCUACAAGGUUAAAACUUGUACUUUUUAAAAUUCUGAAUGGAUACAGCUAUUUUGACAAUGUCCUAAGAUUUCUAGUGACAAAUCAAGUGUUAAAUGUCUUUCCUCAAUAAAACGUUUUAAACAUGA